AUGUCGGACCCCGCCCCCGAGGACGGCCCCGCCCCCCGGGACGCCCCCGGGCCGCUGGCGCUGCUCAAGGCGCGGGCGCUCGACGUCACCUUCGAGGUGGGCGACGAGUACGAGAUCAUCGAGACCAUCGGCACCGGCGCCUACGGCGUGGUCAGCUCGGCGCGGCGGCGGGACACAGGAUUGGCCAAACCCAACGAUUGGCCAAACCCCUUCAGCUACGUCGUUCUUGACCUGAUGGAGAGCGACCUCCACCAAAUCAUCCACUCGGCGCAGCCGCUGACGCUGGAGCACGUCCGCUACUUCCUCUACCAACUCCUCCGCGGCCUCAAGUACAUCCACUCGGCCAACGUCCUCCACCGCGACCUCAAGCCCAGCAACCUGCUGGUCAACGAGAACUGCGAGCUCAAGAUCGGCGACUUCGGCAUGGCGCGCGGCCUGGGCGCCGACCCGCGCCAGGCCAAGGCCUUCCUCACCGAGUACGUGGCCACGCGCUGGUACCGCGCGCCGGAGCUGCUGCUCUCGCUGCACCGCUACACGCGCGCCAUCGACAUGUGGUCGGUCGGCUGCAUCUUCGCCGAGAUGCUCGGCCGCCGGCCGCUCUUCCCCGGCCUUGUUUGA